CAAAGAGAAUUUUCACAAUUAAUGCUCUAAUUGGAUGCUUUGCAUAAAGCGACGUAGGCAGCCACCUAUCGGAAUAUAGAAACGGGAUACCGCCUUGUUCGAUUGGGUCGGCGCUAAAUUUGAAUCGAAUGUCAGCGUUUCUUCCUGUCCGGUCCUCCGUGGAUGGAGGGAACCGAGGCCCUUCCUCGAUGGCGAUGCGAGACGGCGGUGGAAUAUGGGGCAAGGAGGAACGGGACAGGCGCCAUCGACCCUCGCGCCGGAAAGAGGAGCGAGACGAGCGACGCCGCUGCAAACGCCGCGACUCUGGAGGCGGCUCGAGUUACUUGGACAGGCUCCUGGAUAGAAGCCGCCGUCGCUUCGCCUUGUCCAUGUCCAGCAUCGUGGAGAAGUAUAACUUUCCUUUUGAAGACGAUAAACUUAUCUCUAUCAAGUCACUGAUGUAUGAUACACCUGAUGGUCCAAAAACUUGGGGUGAAGAGUCUGAAGAAGAAAGCAUGAAUAGCACGCAUGAGUCACCUGAGAGAAAAGAGUCAAUGAAUUCAUAUGAAGAGAGUCCAUCUGGUACAGAUUACAAGAACAAUUCUGAGAUGUUAUCCAUUAAAAGAUAUUUGGAAAAUAUGCACCUCAAGAAGAAUAUUCAUCCUGAAUGCUGUUCUGGAGCAGAAAUGGACUUGCUAGUGAAUGAUGACGCCUAUACUGUGUCAGAAUCACCUAUGAUUGGAAGAACAGAAUCAAAGAAUAUUCAUGAAGAAUCUUCUUUUCAUGAGCUGACGAAUGAACCCUUAUAUGGUCAGCAUGCUGUGGUCCCAAGAAAGCAAGGACAAAAUGGACAUUCCGAAUCUACGUCUCUCCAGUUAGGCAGCUGUAUUACUAACGGGUCACCAGAUGAAAUGACUGCAUUUGGACAUCUGUCCCUUGGGGAGAAUGGAAAAACGGACUAUAGUAGCUUUUUGGAAACUUAUGAGUCAGCAGAUCAGCAUUGUUCUUGGAAUAAUAUUACAAUAGCCGACUUGUAUCCAGAAAUGGUUAAGACAUUUAGCAGACUUAUGAAUAAAAUUCCCCAUAAAACUUCUUUCCGUUCACAGAGCAAACGGUAUGAAUAUGGAUAUUGGCAACCGAAGAAAACCAAGUUUAACGCAGCUACUGAAAGAGUGAGGAAAUCUGGGCCAUUAAAACACAAUUCUGUCCUAGCAAUUAGAAAAGAAAAUGAAAAGUGUAAAUUGCCUAUGGAGAAUAGUGGAAGUAGUAGACUUUUGGGAUAUGGCAACAGUCAAAAGCAGCAUACAUUUCUCACUGAAUCUAGAGUGACAUCUCCUGCAUACCAUAAAGCAGAUAAAAUAGAGAUGGACUCUUCUGAUAUUGAAGAUUAUUCCUCUGUUGAGAGAGUUGGACAGAAUGGUAUUGGGGCUAUCAUUUUUCCUAACAAUUUUUCUAAAACAAAAAUAUUUAAUCUUGAAAGUUCAUCUUGGAUACCUUCAUCUUCAGACUAUGCAAGAAAGAGUCAGCCUUUUGAAGAGCUUUCUACCGGUUGCCCGAAUGAUUCUGGAGCAACAUUUGAUCUGACAGAAAGAGAUGAGAGCGGGGUAGGAAGGAUCAUGCAAGUCAAAGCUCCAUCAUAUUUAAACUUCUAUGUGAAUAGUAACAUGAAUCCAUAUUUGCAAGCAGACAAAUCUUCUCCAGUGAAAUCCCCAUGUAGGCUAUUCAAAAAUCAUGAGAUUAAAUUUUUCCCUACAGCUAGUUCACUGCGGCGAAGUCGGUCUUUUUCACAGUUUCUCGUUAACCAUAAUCGUAUCAAAGUUCAGCAGAAAUCUGAAGAUGCCUUUGAAAAGAUGUACAAAGAACUGUGUUGCCCACAGUUUCAGAAAUCAUUUAAGUUGUCAAACGUGUGCCCGAGCCCAACACAGUCUGGUAACAAGCUUUUGAAACCGGACUGGAUGCGGUUUCAUCAGAAAGAAAGCCAGUCUGGAAAUAUGCAUGUGAAGUCACAUUCAGAAGGAUUUCCAAAUAUCCCUACAUUUCUAAGAGCUGCAAGAUUAAAGAAAUAUGAAGGUGUGCAAGUGUCUCACACUGUAAAUGCCCUAGUCAAUUCUCCUGUUAGAACUCUACCUUCAGUUGCCAGAACUAAAAGAACAGCAAAUUUCUCUAGUGAAGAUUUUCUGUCAUCACCUGUAAAAAGACUAAAAAAUAUAUCCGAAAGCUUUGCUUCUAGAGUACACCAGAAACCACCAGACUGGGGGAAUAUUAACCUUGAUAAAUCUGGUAUGACUCACACACUGCACUCUCCUAACUCAAGCAAUUGGUCUUCAAAAAAACUGGAUUCUGGAUUCUGUGUUUCUUUAAAUCGCACCUUUCUGGUCGGGCCAAGCACUUACAUACGUGAAUCUGGAAGUGGAGAUAACUAUGAAUACAUUCCCAAGUUGUUGCAUAAUUGUGAUUCUCUCAAAAGAAUGCAGAACUGUUCAAGAGGGGUUUCCAAAAAGCUCAACUAUAUUGAAGAGACAGCGAGAGAAACUUAUGUGGAAGAACAUGCAUGCAAAGAUUACCUAGAAUCAUUUUCAGAAGGAAGUGGAGAUGAAAUGUCAUGAUGUUCCACCAGAGUGCGGUACUGGAGAGAGAUACUGGAGUUAUUCCCUCCCAUUUGGGAACACAAUUCUGGAACUCAGUUUGUUUCUACAAACCAAAGAGACUGUUUUCUUGAAGAUAGAUCAUGUCUGAGGAGUGUUGCCUAUAGGAAACAAUUGUCAUUUUUGAGGAAUUUGUUUCUGACUGCCUGAUUGUCCGAUCAAAAUUUAUUCUUAAAGCACAUUUAACAUGUUGUUUAUUGUAUAUACUACCCUGUGAGCUUCUGCUUUGGGAAGAAGCAUUAUCAGUUGUUGCAAAUAAAUGAUAUAAAUAAACCUAAAUCACUUAGGAAAAUUAGUCUUAAUGUCAUAAAUGCACAUGUCUAGUGCUUGACACUUUUAUAUCUUGUUGUGUAAUAAACCUUCAUAUAUGGCUGUGUUCUGGAAGCUACUCAAUUAUUAGAAAAAAUUGACCAGAUGAUGAGUAAUGUUUGUCAAUAAGUAAAAAUCGGAAGUUUGCCUAUUUGGUUGUGUAUACUCAUUAACCAGACUAACAAACUCAACACAUCUGUCCACGAGGGGAAAAAGUCAGGUAAAAUCAGAAGAUAAUGCAAAAUUAUUCUAGAGGUUUAAGUCCAACUGUUUAGGGAUGGAAGAAUCUCAAACAGGGCGAUGGGAAAACAAUAGAUACAAUUCAGUUGGAAAGGCAAAGCAAUACAAUUAAAAAAUCUAGCUAUGUUCCUUAUAAUGGAAAUGGCAUCCCUUGAUAUAACUGUGAAUUCUAAACUUUUCCAAAUUUCUAGCAAGAUUAAUAUAUCAAGAAAAACCUAAAAGUCACAGCCAAAAGUGGAACAGUCUCCAGCGUCAGUGGAUGAGAUAUUAUAUUACCCGGUUCAGAAAUAAAGGGGAAAACUGUUACUAGAGCUUACUAAAUAGAAUUUGCAAGGUGUCAGCAUUUUCCAGGAGACAUGGCAAAACUCUGCACAGGCCUUUACUUUGGCUUUAAAGAACUGUAUUUUAAAAAAACCACACACACACACACACACACGGUUUUUAAUAUUGGGUAAUAUCUAAUGUCAGACUUCAAAUUAUGAAAUGGUAUUUACUUAGAAAGCUUCUAGAAGCAGUUCAAAUAGUGCCAAAAAUGUUGAGACCACUCUGGUUAAGGGACUAAGGGCCCAAUCCAGAUGGUAGGGGGCGAAACAGCUUGGGGAAGCAGUAUGGGUCUGCGCAGGCAUAUUUGCCCACCCUGCUGGUUUAGGUAGCAAGUACGCUGGCAGAGCAUGGAUGCUGGUGGGCGGGCACUGCACAGUUCCUCACUGCCCAAAUCUGGAAUACUCUGCCAUUUGGAAGUUAUGCCAAUGUGGCAGAACAUGCCGGUGCAGUGGUGUCCAUUCCUUGGGGCAGAGCCAACUUUAGUCGGCUUAUACUGGGCCUCCUCUGUGGCUGCAGACUUACACCACCAGAAAGAGUGUAAGCCUGUUUAACCCAUGGGGCUAUUCGGGUGGCAGGAGGGUUUUUCAAUUUACUUCCUUCAGUUUGGAGGCGGUGCAGCACUGUCUUUGCCACACCGUCUUUUCAUGGAGCCCUGCCCCCUACUGGACUGGACUAACAAUAUUCUAUUUCCUAUUGACUUUUAACCAAGCAAAUUAAUCUUCAUGUUAUCAAUGCUAAUAAGUAUGAGAACUAACAAUUUUAUAAAAUGCAUGUGUUUCUCAUUUUUAAUGCCAUGUUGAUUCUGGGGUUUCUGUAAUCCAUUGUUCAUCAAUAUGACACAAGAUGAAGACUGGCAUUGGUUUUCAGUUGAACAUUGUCAGCUUUUGCUUGCCUCAGGUAUUUAUUGUGAGAAAGUGAGUUUGGAUUUGCCCGUUGAAAGGUUUGUUAAAUAUGUUUCAAGCUUCCCUGUUUGUUAAUAGGUGAACGUAUUUUGGAUAUGAACUGGGAGAGACAGCAAUAGGGAUUUUCUGAAACUGGCUUCAGGAAAUACAGCUGGGACAUAUGGAAAGUCUGUCUGAAAGUCUUAUUUGUAAACACCACUGGUCUUGUUCUUUAAAAAGUGCUUUAAACUUUGUAGACUCUG